AAGCGCCAGCACAGGUUACUACACUUAUUUUCAGCUAUAUGUAUCAGCUGUCUAAGCAUUGACUUCACAGAGCUAACAGCAUGGGUGUAUAAUACUGUUGCGGGACUAUGUCGUAAUAAAGUCACCGGUCUAGGUGUGUUGCCUAUACCUAUAUAGCUGUCAUUGGUUUUUCACUGGGUUAGUUGCUACUUGGAGACAGACAGUUGGGAGCCUUCAGAACCACAAACAGGCAGCGGGCGUGUGUUGCCACCCCCCCAGUGCCAAAACACCUUGCCUGACACACCAGGCAAUCAAAUACCCCCUCCGCCCAGUACUGUGUGCAUACAAAGGGCGCAACUUAGUUAGGCGGUGUCCAUAUCACCUACCUGUUUGCUGCAUACGUGAUAUUUGGUGCAUUGUUUGCUUGCUGUGCUCACUGUGUGCGUGUGACUUGUCUUGCUUGCAGAAUUUGCCGUCCUGGCUCAAUCAUAGGACCCCAGCAACACUACCUUGCAGAGUACGUCAUCUGAUACGAUACAUGAACAGCCACACCCUUACACACACUAGACGGUGUGGCUGGUGUGUUUACAUUUUCCUUCAGUAUAAAGUUUCAAAGUCGGUAGAUACUGUAGUUGUGUGUGCGUACACGUCACACCCAGAUGAAAUGUCACAGAAACAGGCCAUUCUGUGGGCAGAGGGAGACAUGUGUCGUGGUCGCGACAUGCCCAAGCUGCAGAGCGGGAAGGCAGAGAAGAUUGCCAAGGCUGAGAAGCUGGAGAAGGAGGCCUGGCUGGAGAAGAUGGAGCGACAGGAGAAGCUGCGCUCCAGCAUGCGAGCCAUGGAUCCCCUCGAGGCCCACAUGCUCCGUAAGAUCACAGCCGACAUGGACACCAUGAUCAUGAGCAGCAAGCACAAGGAGUUUGAGACUGAGUCACUGUGUAGUGAGCUCCUGCCCCCGUACUCUGAGGUGGACCAUCAGGUGGGAGAGGGGAGGGGAGCAGUGACUCAGGGAGACAGACUCAACGCUCUGAAGAGAGGGAGGGCACACCACCACCACUCAAGAAUUGCCUCUGCUGCCGACAGGCACACCCCAGAGCAGAUUCUGCUCAUGGGCCGCACUCGUCAGCAGACCAUUCAGCUCCGCAAGAGUGCAGCAGCAGCGGCGGGGGCCGUGGUCUCCACCCCUCACCCUCCACCUCCCACCUCCUCCUCCUCCUCCUCCACCCAGCUCCCAGCCACGCCUCACGGGAAGCCCAUGAUGACGAGAUCUCGCCAGGCUCCUUCUCGCGGGGUGACCGUCCAGGCCCUGGAGCCAGCAACAGCCCAGACCCUCCCGUCCAUUGUCACCACCAACUCCACUCCCUCCAGUCACAGACCAUCACGUGUUCGUGGCAACUCCUCGGCUCGUACCACAGUGCGCCCGGCGGUCCUGGCCACUGCAGGGAAGAGGGAGAACCUCUAGAGUCCCCUCAGAGAGGCGUCGUCGUCUGUGCCUCCUGCCCGAGGCACUGCACAGAUCAUUUCAUCCUACUUCCACCCCCCUUCCCUUCCCCUCCUCUCCCUUCCCUUCUCGCCCCUCCUUUAGUCCUUUUACAGAACUUUUCAAUCUUUUUGCAGCCUGUAGUUGUACGGUAAUAUGUCACCAUCCAUCCCCCAUUCUUAUUAACAAGAGACUGUACUUACAUAACAACACUUACCUACACAUCAGUUAUCGACUAGACAAUUAUACUGACUGUUAUACGCCUACAUGUUUACCACACGAUCAUUGUAAUCACUGACUCACAGUAAUACUAAACAGUGUUUACUAUGCAUGCAUGUAUAUUUAUAUGUAUGUGUGUGUAUUUACGGACUUGAAGAAGACAAUCUGCUUGUGUGUGUGUGUUUAUCUCUGUGAAUUGUUCGAAUUUACGCAUGCGCGUUCUUAUUGGCGGGAAUUUCUGAUCGGCUGGCCGGCAGGAGGUAGGUAGGUAGGUGUGUCCAUAACCACUGGGAGACGGCACGCUCGUCUAGCGAGGGGAGAGAGGGAACGGAAGGAUGUUCCAGCGUCAGUGGCGGCAAGCGCAGAGGCCUCGUAGGCACGUAACGACGAAGAGCCAAGACGGCUGGGAAGAAGACGGCACACAGGAAAAGGGCAGACUGGGACGUAAGAGAUGAAAGUAGUAAAACGAGUAGUUUUGCCUUAUUCACACAGAGGCACAUUUGCACCAUUCAUGUGUUACCCUGCAUUUGGACAAUCACAUCACAGGUUUAUAGCAAUGACUGCUCGCUUCUUCCACAUAUACAGAACACAGUAAGUGACUUGAGUGUUCAUCAGCUCUCAAGGGAGGAGCUAGUGAGUCACUUGCACCAGCAGCUCUCAUCAACUGCACGUGACCAGCAUUUCUGUGUAGAAUUAAUGUGUUUCCUAGCAGAAAGAGUUCAGUAAUAGAGAGGAAAGAACGAAAACAAAUCACCAUUAAUUAUCCCCCUCCCAACGACGAUAAAAAUACACACGUGUAUGUUCUGCAGGAACUGCGACGGUCUCGCAUACUCUCCAAGAAUGCUGAUAGAGCUAAGAGAGAACUUGAAGAAAUAGUUACGGGUAACACCAGUGGUGUCGGAAAGCCAACUGGGGAGCAGAGUAAAGAGGUACACGUACGUAAUACAUCCAACUGGCAUAUGUAUAGCUUAUACAUAUUUGUGUAUAUGUCCACCCUCACCAUUAAUAAUGUAGAAGCUGCACAGCAUUCUAGAGGAGUCUGAUAGAGCUCUUUCUGUUGUCAAAGACUUGUUUGGCGACGAUCCAAAGAGAUACAGUGGCCAGCCAAAUGUGACAGUGGCUCCUCAUGUGACCACGAAUAAAGCAGCACUCCAGAGGACGUUGUUGGAGAGCAGGCUGGAUGGUCCCACUCCUUCAGCUCUCAAUUCUCCCGGGGGAAUCAGAGACGAAAGCAUCCUUGGGUUGGCCCCUGUCAAACCGGCCCUUAACGACCUACCUUCACCUUCCUCAGAUUUCACGAUCGACGAGUCGACUUUCGAGGACAGUUCCCUGCGAUUGAGCCCCCCAGUGGCCCCCUACCAGCCAGUCGUGGUUGAUUUCCCUCGGUUCCAGCGGCUUGUGGAGGAACACGGAGA